AGUAUUUCAGUGCAGGGAGUAGCAGGGCUCAUUUACUUGUUAAAAGAAUACCCGAUCUUUCUUCGUCACAGCAUUUGGGAGAUAAUGGGGAUCCACCGACAAUUCGGGGAAUUUGCAGUGGCCGUCACAAUCCUCAUCUGUGCUCUGCAAGCGACUGAGGGGGCAGCCAAGUUGAAAGGAAGAAAGGAGAAAGUAAGCAAUCUGGAAUUCUAUUUCCAUGACAGAGUUUCAGGAAAGAGCGUGACUGCCGUGGAGGUGGCGUCUGCUCCAUCCACCAAAACUUCGGCCACUUCAUUUGGAUCACUAUUUGUGAUGGACGAUCCCAUCACCGAAGGGCCUGAGCCCACUUCCAAAUUGGUGGGCAGAGCUCAGGGAUUGUACGCCUCCGCAGGCCAAGAGGAAGUUCACCUGUUAAUGGCGGUCACCUAUGUUUUUCAGGACGGAGAAUUCAACGGCAGUACGAUCGCCAUGGUGGGUAACAAUGCUGUGUUUAGCGAGGUUAGAGAGAUGGCGAUUGUGGGAGGAAGCGGAAAAUUCAGGCUGGCUCGAGGAUUUUGUCUUGCCCACACUCAUUCCUUCGAUAUUAAAUCUCGCAAUGCAGUCGUCCAUUACAAUGUUACUGUACAUCAUCACUAGUAUUAAGUUAUCCUGAGUAAUGCAUUCUCCAAAGUGCUGUAUGGGUACAUUUGGAUAUCACUAGAAGUUGCAUAUUAGAUACUGGGUAUGUUGAUAAGGUUUAUAAGGUAUAUAAGAUUGAUUAAUUGAUUAUAUUUGAAAUAUAUGAAUAAAAGUAAGUUAUAAAUUUUGUAGGAAAGUAGUCAUUUUAAAUUUGAUGUACAAAAGUUCAUAUUGA